GAAUGAUAUUUGUUUGCCUCUUUCCAGAAAACUGAACAGAUAACAUCAGCAAGCAAAAUAACAGCAAACGGUUUCUUUCUGUGUGUGUGUGUGUUUGUGUGUUGGGUGUCUUUAGCUCGUUGUCUAACUCCAUUUAUGCCGGAAGCUUAAAACCCAAGAGACGUCAUGCUGAUGAUUCCCUCAUCUCUCUCUUUUAAACCCUCUUCCCUACUAAGGAUUCAUUUUAAUCAGAAUAAGCAAAUAAUACAAUGCUGCUCAAUUCACGACUUGAGACAUGACAGGUCCGGGGCAAAGAGUGGCGGCAUGUCUCGUUAUGAAGAGAAUGUGAAUCGUAGGCUUCUCCUAUUUCUUUCAGUCACAACUAGCUUGUUUCCAACUUUAUCUUCUUCUGGAAAGACAAAGAGUAAAAGUCAGUUUGACGAAAGACGCUUACUUGAACAAAACAAGCGGAUACAGAAAGAAAAUAAUGCACCUGAAAACUUUCCAAGUUUCAUUAGAGAAGGUUUUCAGGUUCAGGUAGUAACGCCAGAGAACUACACAAAAUGUGACUCAGGGCUUAUAUAUCAUGAUUUUGUAGUUGGUGAAGGUGAUUUCCCACAGGCUGGUCAGCAGGUGAUGUUCCACUAUGUUGGCUACAAUGAGUCAGGCCGUCGUAUUGACAGCAGCUACACACAGGGUUCUCCUGCCAGAAUCCGCAUGGGCACUAAUGCAUUGGUCCCAGGAUUUGAAGAAGGAAUUCGUGACAUGAAACCUGGGGGGAAAAGAAGAAUAAUCAUUCCACCAGAACUUGGACCCCCGGUAGGACCUUCUACUUUUUUCAGCUCCAAACAGUUCGAAGUGUUUGAUGUGGAACUGCUAAGCAUUCAAAACUGCCAAAGGAGGACUGUCCUG